AUGGAGUGUCGGCAGCUGAGCAGUCCCCCUGCUGGUUUGCCACCUUCUCUUGAGGUCCUCUGCUUGGGGCCCUUCAAGGAGGGUUCUUCCCAUGUGGUGGACAUCUCCCAGAUGUCGCAGCUGAGGGUGCUGAAGCUGAACUGCGUGGAGUGCACGGAAUUGCCGUGUCUGCAGCAGCUGCAACAGCUGGAGAUGCGUUUGGAUGGUGACAAUCGGGAGCUACCAGUCCCCCUGACCUUUCUCCCUCGCCUGUGCAGCUUGCUGAUAGAGGCGCUGGGAAGCUUCAGCUUGCCGGAAAACAUGGCGGCCGCGUUGCCGGAGCUGCGGCAGAUGGAGCUUCUUUCUUGGUCACAGGAGGAGCUACCAGGAAGCAUAAUGGGGCUGACCAAGCUGACGUCAUUGAGGAUCAACGCACCCCAUCUGGUGGCGCUACCUCAGGGCAUGAGCCGCUUGUCUCGGUUUGUUGAAUCAAACCUUGCUGAAUCAUGCUCGUGGAGAUCAGGCAGAGCUCCGUCAGGAAGGUCUUCGAGGUAA